AUGCAGGCCGCAGCGGGUGCCACAUUGAGCGUGGACUUUCUUAUCCAUCCAAUGGAUACGCUCAUCACGCGGAUGCAAUCGCCAAUGUACACAACGCAGUACAAAUCCGUCAACGGCGCCGUCAGCCGGACGCUCUUCCUCGGGCUGUACCAGGGGUUCGGCCCCACAAUCAUCACCAGUAUUCCAUCGUCGGCAGCCUUCUUCACAAUCUACGAGGGGCUCAAGGGCUACUCGCUGCGUGCGAAAGAGGAAGGCCGCUUUUCGGGCGUGCCGUUGCCUGUUUUGUACGGUGCAAGCGGCGCGGCGGCGAGUCUUGUUAGCUGUGCUAUCACGAAUCCUGCCGAGGUGUUGAAGCAGAAUGCGCAGGUGUACAAGGGCAGUGGCAGCGGUGCGUCUCCUACUAUUGCCACGUUGAGGCGUUUCGCGAAGCAGCCGACCAAGUUGUGGGCUGGGUAUACGGCGCUUGUGGCGAGUGAUUUGCCUAAUACCACAUUGAUGUUUUGUCUCUAUGAGACUCUCAAGGAACGGUUCCUCGGAGGGGAUUCGAAAUCCCAGGAGGGGAGCGUGCCACAGCAGGUUCUCGCGAGCGGGCUGUGCGCUGCUGUGGCUGGGAGCGUAUCUUCGAGCUUGUUUGUGCCUAUUGAUGUUGUCAAGACGAGGAUGAGGCUCGCGGCUGGCGGGGAGGUGACUGGCGAGAAUGGAGCUGGAACGACAGCAAGUACUUCGGCUCGGGCAAAGAUUGGUCCGAUUGCAGUAGCCAAGGGGAUUGUCUUGAAAGAAGGCGUUCGUGGGUUGUUUAGAGGUGUCACUGUUACGGUUCUGGCGUCGGCUUUUGGGGGCGGGUUGUAUAUUGGCUGUUACGAAGCCAUCAAGAUUUAUCUGAGCUAG